AUUAGACUGUCAGAGAGGCUUGGGGAUAUGACUUCAUUGUCUGCAUGUGUGCUGCCCAGAAAUUCACACACGCACAGUCCUACACACAAGGUGCUCAAUUUUCUGUUUGUUUUGUGUUAAGGGGUGGAUUUUGAAGAAGACAAUCGCUGAUCUACCAAACUAGUUGGAACUGCACAGUUGAACUGAUUCUUUGAUCCGAGCUGCUGUGCCCCUGAGCAACUCGGGCAUACCCCAGACCGUUUGAAAAACCUGCCGUCAGCCAGUACGGAGGACAGUGCAUUGUAUGAACGCGCUGUGUAACUGGACCGACUUCCCGGGCAGAAAGGGGACCAAUAAUAAGCGCCUAAACACUGCAGCGUCAACAGCUGCCGCUUUCGCCAGCAACAUACCAAGAGUGUUGCCAGAAAAUACUGGAUGACAUCUCCAGUAACUCAGGCGGAGUUGCAUCAGGAAUUAAAGGUCCUCACUCGUCCACUGGAAACAGACUUCAAAAAUAGAAUGGUCUUGUGCUAGUCAAGCCGAUCAGUCAGAGAGUGAUGGAAAAUAGCAACUGCCCAAUUAAAGAACUGGGAUAUCACAUCUGAAAGAAACACUGAACUAUAGUCAAUCAAUCGGACAGGUUUUGAAGAAGCGCCCGUUUUGCUGAGCAGUUUCCGUGGAGACCUGGCCCCGAACUGUGCGGAAGGAUGAGAGCGAGCUGGAGACUGACGGGCAGAGAAGGGGUCCGCCUGGUCCUUUACUGCGCGCUCAUGUUGCUCAAGGUGGACGCGGGCAAACCCGAGCAGGGCAAGCAGUCCGACGCCUUUUGCGUGUUCCAGGAUAAGAAGUAUCGCUUGGGUGAGAGAUGGCACCCUUACCUGGAGCCCUAUGGAUUCGUGUAUUGUAUAACCUGUCUCUGUUUGGAGAAUGGACACGUGGCCUGCAAUCGAGUGAAAUGCCCAAAUAUUCACUGCUCCAGCCCAGUGACAGUCCCACAGCAGUGCUGUCCUCACUGCGUGCCAGAUGAGCAUCAUAUUCCAGCAGCUGCUAAAAUCGUUGGGAAAUCCUGUGAAUACAACGGCACCAGCUAUCAGCAUGGAGAGAUGUUCGUGGCUGAGGGGCUAUUUCUGUCUCGGCACCCAAACCAGUGUGCCCAAUGCAGCUGUUCGGAAGGAAAUGUGUACUGUGGCUUGAGGACAUGCCCAAAGCUGACCUGUCCAUUCCCAAUAACUGUUCCUGAUUCUUGCUGCCAAGUUUGCAGAGGAGAAGGAGACUCGUCGUGGGACACAGCAGGUGCAGAAAUAUUUCGGCCACCAUCCAACAGGGAAGCAAGACAUUCAUACCAGCGGACUCAAUACGAAUCAUGGGGAGGUUCUGCAAGCUCUAUUGCCAAUUUACCCAGAAUUUCCAACUCGAGGAUUCAUCAAGGCUUGCUAACAGAUCCGCAACAAGGGUCUGGUACUAUUGUGCAAAUAGUGAUUGACAAUAAGCACAGACAUGGCAGAGUUUGUGUUUCAAAUGGGAAAACCUACUCUCAUGGAGAAUCCUGGCAUCCAGUCUUGCGUCUAUUUGGACUAAUGGAAUGUGUGCUGUGUACUUGUAACAUAAGCAAACAGGAGUGUAAGAAGAUCCAUUGUCCAGAUCCCUACCCAUGUAAAUACCCACAGAAAAUCAACGGAAAAUGUUGCAAAGUUUGUCCAGCACCAGAAGUACCAGACUUUUCACAAGAUGGCAGUAAGGAAGUAGGAUGCGAUGAAGAGACUGUUCUCGUUUAUGAAUCACUCUUGACCCAGGAAACAGAUUCUCAGAAAAACAGCAAGAAAAUUGCUAUAGAGAUUGAUAAUCUUCCAGAUGUAGAAAUCCAUGUCUGGCCUCUAGUAAAAGGUGUUCUACACCAUUUUCACGUGGAAAAAAUAUCAAGAAGAGACUUUGAAAAACAAGUUAACCUUGGAUCUUUUAAACCACUCACACGGACUACUCAGAGUCGAUGGAAAAUUUUUAAAGAGGGAGAAGCUCGAAUCAGCCAGUUUUGUAUGGACCAAGAGUGCAAAACAGAGUUGGAAGACUUGCUUAAGGUUUUACAGCUGAACAAGCCAGAAAAGGAGCACUGCUGAAGUGGGGAAGCUCGCGAGGUGGGGGGAUAGUGUUGUCUGUGGUGAGGUACCAUAAUGUUAGAAGGGAAAAUUCAGUUCAUUGAAAACUGGUCUGUAGCUGGACUGCAGUGGGACUCUGGUGAUGAUUGAGAGCACCCCAAAACCAAAAUGUAUACAACAGAAAAAUGAAUAAAGAAAAAUCACUGUGUUAGCUUUCUUUAUUACAAGGAAGAGAGAGAAAAAAAAGUGCCUUCAGAGGCAAUAAAGAAUGGAGAGUGGUCCUAAUGUGUAUUUAUUUGUAUUAUAAAACACUAUUGAAAUUACUUACAUGAUCUUAAUUCUUAGGAUGCAAUUAGUCUGUCAAUGUGUGAAUAAUAUUCAAGUCACACAUAAUGCAUACUUUGGUUUUAUGUAAAAUUUCUUUCUUCAUCAUAUAAAUCUGCGGAAUAUGUUGACAUUACCCUUGAAGGUAUUUGUACUUUAUUUAUGUACUGACAGUUCAUUUUUCUUGAAACUAAUAAAGUAUAGCCAGUUGUAUAACAUUUUA